AUGGCCGCGCUGCUGCUGCUGCGGACGGCGCCCAGGCUGCUGAGGGAGCGGGGCCGGGGGAGGCUCGGGGCGGCGGGGCCGGCACCGGCAUGCCAGUGCUUGAUCAGAACAUUUUUUGGAUAUCCCCUAACUAAACGAAGUUCUGGUCUGGUUCAGAAGACUAAAGAUGUUUGUUUGAGGUUCUGCAGACCACGAAGUUCUACAGCAGCUGCUGGCACAUCUGGAGAGGAUACCUUGCUGAAAUGGGGCCUUUUCCUCAUCCCUCUGACCACGUUUGGUCUCGGCACGUGGCAGGUUCAGCGGCGCAAGUGGAAAUUAGAUUUGAUUGCACAGCUGGCAUCAAGAAUCACAGCAGAUCCCAUCCCUCUGACAUUAGACCCCAUGGAGCUGAGGGAGCUGGAGUACAGACCUGUGACAGUCCGGGGGCGCUUUGACCACUCCAAGGAGCUGUACAUGCUGCCCCGCUCGCUGCUGGACCCCGAGCGGGAGGCGCGGGAAGCCGGGAGGAUCACAUCCCACCCGGAGAAUGGAGCCAACGUCAUCACCCCCUUCUACUGCACAGAGCUGGGGGUCACAAUUCUAGUCAACCGAGGAUUUGUGCCCAGGAAGAAAUUGAAACCAGAAACCAGGCUGACAGGACAGAUUGAAGAUGAGAUUGAUCUCACAGGGGUGGUGAGGUUAACAGAAAAAAGGAAACCCUUUGUGCCUGAAAAUAACAUUGAAAAAAACCGCUGGCACUACCGGGACCUGGAGGCCAUGGCCAAGGUGACUGGUGCUGAGCCCAUCUUCAUCGAUGCAGAUUUCAGAAGCACAGUCCCAGGGGGGCCCAUUGGGGGCCAGACCAGGGUGAGCCUGCGGAACGAGCACAUGCAGUACAUUGUCACCUGGUACAGCUUGUGUGCUGCAACUUCCUUCUUGUGGUACAAGAAAUUUAUACAGAAGCUACCUCUGUGAGGGGAAGGAAGAAACCUCUUGGUGCUACAGUCAAGAGCAGACUUUGAUGGAUGACAGGAGCCUGAGAAAUCCUAAAUAACUGAAGCACCUGGAACUCCAGAGAAGUUUCAGCAAACAGGUUAUCAAGCUGCAAACAGACUUUAAGCAAUUCCUGCAAACUGAGCUCCCACCUGCAGCUCGGGAGUACUGAACUUCAAUAGUUACCACAAGAAUACAUUUUUCUAUCCUGGUUGGUUGUAAGCUACAUUUUAAAAUCUCCAUUUCCUUAAGAAAAAUCCAGAGGAUUUUGUGAAUGAGCUUAUUUAAAGCAUGUAGUCCUUCCCGAAGUCAGGAAUGGCUCUCAGCAGUUGCAGCAGAAUGAAUAAAGGCCUGCAGGUCUUUGCCUUGUGA